CCUAGUACUUCUUGGAUAAAGCCAGUAAGGCACCAUGGCCCGCACAAAGCAGACCGCCCGCAAGUCGACCGGCGGCAAGGCCCCGCGUAAGCAGCUGGCCACCAAAGCGGCCCGCAAGAGCGCGCCCGCCACGGGCGGCGUGAAGAAGCCGCACCGCUACCGGCCGGGCACCGUGGCCCUGCGGGAGAUCCGGCGCUACCAGAAGUCCACCGAGCUGCUGAUCCGUAAGCUGCCGUUCCAGCGGCUGGUGCGCGAGAUCGCGCAGGACUUCAAGACGGACCUGCGCUUCCAGAGCUCGGCGGUGAUGGCGCUGCAGGAGGCGAGCGAGGCCUACCUGGUGGGGCUGUUCGAGGACACGAACCUGUGCGCCAUCCACGCCAAGCGCGUCACCAUCAUGCCCAAGGACAUCCAGUUGGCUCGCCGUAUCCGCGGGGAGCGGGCUUAAGGCCUGUGCUUUUAAGUGGACCACCUAAUGGCUCUUUUCAGAGCCACUCAUGUUUUCACGAGGAGUAGCUGUAUCGCCUAUCUCACCUGGCGUGGGUGUACUGUUGUGCUCUGGGUAGAGGAAUGAGGGGAAACUCGCACGUGGUGGGUAGGAAGAUCACAAUGUCUGAACUUUGGUCGGCUGACAGGCGCUAGCGGGAACAGCUGAAGCUGGGCUUAGAUCGCUUUUGCCUAAGCUUUUACAUAUGUUGAGUUACAGUCUACAGCGUCAGCCUUACUAGUUUGAAGAAAAACUUGCAAGGGGGUGGACUUUGCUCUACUAGUCGUUUGUAACGUUAACACGCUACUCGUACAAAGCGUUAGCACGAAUCUGGAUAUAGAAACGAAGCGGGAAGGCGGUCGUGUGGGUUUGUGAUAACUGCCGGGUUGGGGAUUUGGGUUUUCAACUAGAUUUUACAGUUAAGACUAAGCUGGAUGUAAGUCCUGGUUUGCAAAUGAGAGCCUUUUUCCUGGUUUAUGUGUCUUAAGAGUUGUAUGGAUCUAAUAUCUAAUACCCUAUUGCAUAAGACAGCGCAAACACGAAUAGGAAUUUGAGGGAAAUGCUGAUGGGUUGGUUUUUUUUUUUUUU